AUGGGCGACUACGGCGAACAACCUUCCAUGGAACUUGACCAUGUUGAGCUGCCAUUCGAGCUCAAAGCUGGUACAUCCCUGUUUCCCCUUUUGACUGACGGAAUUAUUCUAGAUGAUGAACAACUGGCCGUGCCACCAGUGGGUGGCAGAGUUGGCCAGACACGAAUUGCCCUGGAGUUGCGGUCGGACAUCUCGUCCGCAGCCCUGGCAGGCUUCUGCACGCCCCGCGGAUUGACGCUCAUGAGUGUGUUGAACGUUGCUUGGUCUUUGGUGCUCGCGGCGUACGCCGACACCGAGGCGGUCAAUGUCCUGUUUGUUCGAUACGUGGCCGGGGUGCCCUACGUCGGCUUGUCUGAGACCGUGAUUGACGGCGGACGAACAGUACAGCAGACCUUGGCGGAGGCUGAACAGCAGGUGCACACGAGCAUGGCAGUGCCGUCGGCGACAAGCUUGUCCGAAUUGCAGAAGCGGACGGCUGUGGAAGGCCAUCCGGCAUUCAACAGCGUAGUGCUGUUAUCGGACAGCAAUGCCCCAGAGUGGGAAGAGACUGGAGAUUACAUUGCCGUCCAGGCGACGGUAACCCCCGAUCACUUAGGGAUUUUUUUACAAUUUCCCACCCACUUGCUUCCCGCGGCACAGGCCCAUCACUGCGCGACGACCCUGAGCCAUGUGCUCGGAGAAAUUAUUCGGCAACCUGAUCUCUCAAUCGCCAAGGUCAGUAUGAUGAGUCCACAAGGGCUGCAGCAGAUCUCCCAGUGGAAUCAAACGGCACCCGCUGUGGUCUCACGCUGUCUUCACAACCUCGUGGAUGAGACAGCCCAGGCGCGACCUGACGCCAUGGCUAUCGAAGGAGCCGAUGGUCGUAUGACCUACGGCGAGUUGCAAACGUAUUCCAAUCGCCUGGCGCAGCACUUGGUUCAACUUGGAGUCGGCCCAGAAAUAUCAGUGCCAUUAUUCUUCGAGAAGUCGAAGUGGGCGAUUGUUACCAUGAUUGCCGUAGUCAAGGCCGGUGGCGUCAUCGUCAACCUGGAUGCCAAACAGCCACAAACGCGCUUACGAGGACUGCUCGCUCAGCUGCAAGCCCCGUUAGUGCUGACCUCAGUCCAGCAUGCUGGUCUCUGGGACAGCGAAUUCCCUGUUGUGACCGUCUCCGAAGAUGCCCUCGAACAGCUACCGACGGCGACGGAGGCCCCCAUUGUCACCGUUACCCCGCAGAAUGCCCUUUAUAUCAUCUUUACCUCAGGCAGUACCGGUACUCCCAAGGGAUGUGUAGUCGAGCACGAGUCCUUCCUAACAGCCGCCGCACAACACGUACAGGCCGGCCAAAUCCUCCCCUCCAGCCGGGUGCUGCAAAUGACGCCCUACACAUUCGACGUCAGCAUGCUGGAAAUCUUUACCACGCUGACUACCGGCGCCUGUAUUUGUUUCUGCGACGAUGAACAGGCGGCACUUGGGAUCGCCCACAUUGUCAAUUGCCUCCAGAUCUCCUGGACAUUCAUGACGCCCUCUUUGGUGCGUAUGAUUGACCCGGCCUCGGUGCCUACCCUGAAGACGCUCGCCCUUGGUGGAGAAGGUCUGGGGCGCAUAGAUGUGACAACAUGGGCCGACAAGUUGCAUCUGAUCAACGGUUAUGGUCCCAGUGAAUGCUCCGUCGCAGCGACCAUCAACGAGCCAUUGUCACUCACGUCUGAUCCAGCUAACAUUGGCGUUGGAUACGGCGCUUUGUGCUGGGUGGUGCAUCCCGACGAUCAUGACCGACUUGUUCCCAUCGGUGCCGUUGGUGAACUCGUAAUUCAGGGCCCCAUUGUCGCGCGGGGCUAUCUUCAUGAGCCUGUCAAAACAGCUGCAGUCUUUUUAGACGAGGUUCCUGCCUUUUCUGCCCUCCUGCCCCGGUCGCCGCCGGCUUUCCGGCUGUAUAAGACAGGAGACCUGGUUCGCCAGAACAGUGAUGGUACUAUCAACUUCAUCGGCCGCAAAGAUCGCCAAGUAAAGCUCAACGGACAACGCCUGGAGCUCGGCGAGAUCGAACAGCGACUGUCGGAAAACCCGCACGUCCGACAUUCCCUGGUUUUGCUGCCUAAAGAGGGUCCCUGUCAAGGUCGACUGGUUGGCGUCCUAUCGCUGCAUGAUUUCCCCUAUGAUGGUCCGCGUGACACCAGUGUCCAUAGCUUACCCAUGGAGGAGUCGCAGCUUGCUCGUCUCUUAUUGCCAGAAAUAACCGCGCAACUGGCCGCACAUCUCCCAGCAUACAUGGUACCAACCUUCUGGGUGGUGUUGGCCGCACUGCCCUUCACAACAUCAGGCAAAGUCCACGUCGUUUCAAUGACCCAAUGGCUGCAUGAGAUGUCCGACGAGAUCUACCGCGAGAUUGCCGGUGUGAGUGAUGAUGCGCCUGAGACUUGUCUUUCGACCGAUGUGGAAUUGCAAAUGCAGCAGAUAUGGGCGGAAGAAAUGGGCAUCCCUGCCGCAGAGCUCAAGACUAACCGAUCUUUCAUCGCCCUUGGCGGUGACUCCCUGACUGCCUUGAAGAUCGUGGCCCGUUGCCGUAAGCAGCAGCUGGUCGUUUCGGUCCCAGAUGUCUUGCGCGCUGCUAACAUCAUUGAAUUGGCCGCACGGGCAACUCAGGCGCCUGCAGACUCAUCUCAAGAGGGAAAAGAGAAUUCCGAGAGCAAGACGAAUUCUGACCCGGCCCAGCGGGCCGCGACCGUGGACAAUACUCUUCUAGAAGCGGCAGGCUUGGCCAGUCGCAACCAGGUAGAGGAUAUUUACGGUUGCUCGCCCAUGCAGGACGGCAUUCUACUUAGUCAAGUCAAGUUCCCUGGCACCUACGAAGUCCGUCGGGUGCUGCGAGUAGAGUCCACCCGGGAUGCAUUCACCACUGUCGAUCGUCUGCAAAAGGCCUGGCAGGCAGUGGUAGAUCGGCACCAGAUGCUUCGAACGAUCUUCGUCGACACAGCUGGUCGUUUCCAACAGAUUGUGCUUAAGCAAGCUCCGGCCUGCAUCCAGAUUCACGAACUUUUGGAUGAGCACGAUGAGCACGUCGUUAUCAAGUUUCUUCAAGCCCUGCCUUUACCAACAUACCAGCCUGCGCAGCCUCAGCAUCGUUUCACCAUUUGCCGUGCGGCUGGUGAUAAUGUCUUUGUUAAAGUCGAGAUCAACCACGCCUUGGUUGACGGAGGCUCUACUGAGGUUAUCCUCCACGAACUUUCGCAGGCCUUCGAUGACCACUCCUUCUCGGCGCCGCCCGCACUAUUCAGCGACUACAUCAAUUUUAUUCAUACGCCGGAGACCGCCAGCAAAUCACUCAAAUACUGGACAAACUAUUUGGACGGUGUGCAGCCGACCAUUGUGCCCUUGUAUCCAGCAGAGGGCAGCCCCAAGCAGAUCCGUUCCGUGCCGGUGCCAUUCACAGAUGCUUCUGCACUGUCUCGAUUCUCCGAGAACCACGGACUCACUUUAGCAAACGUGCUGCAGACAGCCUGGGCAUUGGUUUUGCAUACCUACACGGGAGCCGAAGAUGUCUGCUUUGGUUACAUUGCCGCAGGCAGAGAUGUUCCAGUUGUGGGCAUUGAGCGCGCGGUGGGAGCUUUUAUCAACAUGCUGGUGUGUCGCGUACGGCUAGCUCAGCAAGACACUGUCCUCGACACUGUUGCUUCGAUGCAGAAUGAGUAUUUCGAUGCUCUGCCUCAUCAACACACGUCACUGGCCCAGAUCCAGCACAAUUUGGACCUUUCGGGCAUGCCUCUAUUCAACAGCAUUGUAUCAGUACAAAGAGAUGUAUCUGACCAGCCGUAUGGAGAGUCACUCUCGUUCCGGCCCCUUGAAGAAGAUGAUCCAACAGAUUUUGAUCUCGCCGUCGCCAUUCAUGUUGGCAAAGAAACCGUCAAGAUAGAUAUUGGUUACUGGUCUUCGCUGCUAUCGGAUGGCGAUGCGACCAAUCUGGCCAACACUUUCGCGGGUGCCAUUUCGAGCAUCCUCAUGCACGCUCAGUCUUCUCCCACCACAAUCGACCUUUUUACCGAGCAAGACCGCUACCAGAUUUUCGGUUGGAACCACAAGGAACCCGUCGCUGCACUCGGCGUUGUGCAUGAGUACUUCUACGCCCAGGUAUUGCAGCGGCCAGACGCACAGGCGGUCUGUGCUUGGGACGGAGAAUACACCUACACCGAGCUAAACCAUCUGUCGGAGAAGCUGGCGUACCACCUGGCUCACCUCGGGGCGGGUCCUGAGGUACUCAUUCCUCACUGCUUCGCGAAGUCUAAAUUGGCUACAGUCACCAUGUUGGCCAUCAUGAAGUCCGGCAGUGCUGGCGUGGGAUUGAGUGCAGCCCAUCCCCGAACCCGAAUCCAGGAUAUCGUUGAGAAUUGCGCAUCACACAUCGCGGUCGUGGCAGCGCAACACGUACCUGUCGUAGAGGGCCUCAUUGAUCACAUCGUGAUCAUCGAUGAAGCCUUCUUAGCGCAGCUGCCGGAUCCGCAACCGAAUGCGCAGUUGCCCCAGGCACAGCCCUGCCACCCGGCAUUCGUGUCUUUCACAUCCGGCAGUACUGGCAAGCCUAAGGGCAUUGUACUCGAGCACCGCUCUCUGAUCACUAGUAUUCUCGCCCACGGGACUGAAUGGGGAUGCGACCCGUCUGCCCGCGUUCUUCAAUUUUCGGCCUACGCUUUCGACGCCAGCGUAUCAGACACAUUCACCACGCUCGUAGGUGGUGGAACGGUCUGCAUUCCCCACGAGAAGGACAGAGUCGAUGAUCUCGCUGGUGCCAUCAAUCGACUACGCGUCAACUGGGCAUUCCUGACUCCCCGCGUGCUGAGUCUGCUGUCUCCCGAGACGGUGCCUACCCUGCGAAAGGUCAUCCUGGGAGGGGAGGCCAUCUCACGAGAGGACAUUUCCCGCUGGACAGAGACUAUCGACAUUCGCAUUGUCUAUGGUCCAACGGAGUGCACCAUCUACAGUAUGGGAACCGACCCGCUCACCGCGGCCAGUGAUCCCGCAAAUCUGGGCCACGCCGUCGGUACGCGGCUGUGGGUGACGCACUCAGAAAACUCCAAUAAACUCAUGCCUGUGGGUUGCACUGGAGAGCUCAUUAUAGAAGGGCCCCUAGUGACACGGGGCUACCUCAACGAGCCCGCCAAGACGGAAGCGGCCUACUUGGAAGACCCUAUGUGGCUGCCCAAGAAAGCAACAGGGGAGCCACGGCGUUUCUACAAAACCAGUGAUCUGGUACGAUACUACCCUGACGGACAGCUGCGAUUUAUCGGUCGCAAGGACACUCAAAUCAAAAUCCGCGGGCAGCGGGUUGAGCUAGGCGAGAUUGAACACGCCAUCCUCGCGAGCAUGCCGGGAGCACUACACAUCACUGUUGACUCCGUCGUGCUGCCACCACAGACGCUUGUGGCAUUCCUCUAUCUCGAUGCCCCGUCCAUGGACAAAGGACCGCUCUUCGUGCCUUUGGCUUCCGACGUCACCGAACAGCUGCGUACCUUAGAAAAGAACCUGGCUGAGACACUUCCAAGCUACAUGGUGCCCAGCCUGUUCAUUCCCAUCUCCCACAUCCCCAUGACCAUCUCAGGAAAGGUCGACCGCAUUGCCUUGCGCCGCGCCGUCCAAUGUCUCUCCGCCGAGCAGUUGGAGAUGUAUGCGCUAGCGCAAGGUGCUAAAGCUGCACCGCAGACUCCGCAAGAGCAGUGCUUGCGAGACCUUUGGGCCAAGGUUUUGCGCAAAGCCCCCGAGUCCGUGGGUCGCCACGAUAGUUUCUUCCGCUUGGGCGGAGACUCCAUUGGCGCUAUGAAGCUGGUGGCAGCCGCAAGGCACGCCGGAUUCGUGCUCAGCGUGGCCGACAUUUUCGGGCAUCCCGAACUAUUAGACAUGGCUGAAUGUGUCGGACUUCCUAAAGCUGCGGAGCCAGCCAUUUACGCUCCCUUCUCUUUGCUGCCGAUUGAUCCUAUCCAGCGGGAAGGCUUGCUGGCCGAUGCAGCCAGACAGUGCUCGGUUUCGAGCGACGCAAUCGAAGACGUCUAUCCUGCUACUCCUCUUCAGGAAGGUGUGUUUCUCAUGUCGACAACCCACAAUGGUGCAUAUGUUGCCCCCACAGCCUUCCGCUUGCCCGCCGGUUUCGAUGUGGCACGCUUCCAGAAGGCCUGGCAGGUGCUCGUCAAUACCCAUCCCAUUCUGCGCACACGGUUGGUCACCAUCGAUGCGACCUCGCAUCAGGUGGUCUUGAGCCCGUCCGCCUCCUGCCUACAGUGGGAGCAAGCGCCAUCCAGCAGCGAUUAUCUGACGCGUAUUCAGGCGCUGUCGGUGGUUGCAGGUGCGCCACUGAGUCAUUACGCUCUAAUUUCGGAGGGGGAGUCGACUGUUUUUAUCUGGACUUCACAUCAUGCCUUGUUUGACGGCUGGACCGUUGAACUGCUGUUAGAUCAGCUGGCACAGCUUUACACACAAGAUUUGUCACCCACCACAACUCCAUCUUAUGCCCAAUUCGUCCAAUUCAUCCAGAACUCCGACCAGAAUGCUUCCCGCAAUUUCUGGGCAUCACUUGUGCCUCAAGAGCCUCCGGCUACUUUCCCUCGCUUGCCCUCAGCAGCUUAUCAGCCGGCUGCCAAGGUAACCUGCUACCGCACAAUCUCGGCUGCUGUUCCGCAAGGAUCAAAUUUAACCCUCGCCAUCCUGCUGCGGGCGGCGUGGUCUAUUGUGCUCGCGCGUUAUUUGGACGCGGAAGAUGUAUUGUAUGGUUUGACUCUGUCUGGUAGAGAUGUGCCAGUUCCAGGCAUUGAGCACGUGGUGGGUCCAACUAUUACGACAUUGCCCAUCAAUGUCCAUCUGGAUGGCGAGAUGCCGGUCCAGACAUUCUUGCAGCAGCAGAAGGACCAGAAUGUCGAAAUGAUGCGUCACCAGCAUGCAGGACUGCAAAUGAUACGUCGAAUCAGUCCGGCCGCGGCCACGGCCACCGAAUUUACCAAUUUGUUUGUCGUGCAGCCUCAGACGGACGAGGUGAAGGGGCUCACCGAGUUGGUCAAAGUUCCCACUGACAUGACCCGCUUUGAUCCGUAUGCAUUGGUGGUUGAGUGCAAUCUGGCAGACAAACAGGUGCAUCUCGAAGCUCGCUUCGAUGAUGCUGUCCUGUGUACAGAUCAGACACAGCGCCUGCUUGGUCAUUUCGAACACGUCCUCGGCCAACUCACACAGCUGGAACCCGGUCGUCUUCUCCGGGAUAUUGACGUAUUCAGUCGCGAAGAUGAACAACAAAUAUGGGAAUGGAAUGCGAUCCCCGCCAAAUCUGAAAACAAGUGUGUGCAUGAUGAGAUCGCGAAGCAGGCCCAGCUUCGGCCGGAUCAUACUGCCAUCGAAGCAUGGGAUGGAUCGCUCACCUACGGCGAGCUCGAACAAAAAUCAUCGCAACUGGCCCACUGGCUUUCGGCCAACUACUCAAUUCAGCCAGAGUCACUUGUACCACUGUGCUUCGAAAAGUCCCGGUGGACAAUUGUCACCAUGCUGGCGGUGGUGAAAUGCGGCGGAGGCUGCGUGAUGUUGAAUCCGGAUCAUCCCAUCUCACGUUUGGACGGAGUGAUUGCGGACACAGCCUCAUCGGUGGUGUUGGCCUCGCCGGAGCUCGCUGGACUUUUUGCUUCAGUGGACACCACAGUGGUCGGUAUCAGUGAAGCCCUGAUCACUGGCCUGUCAGAGCUCACAGAAACGUUUCUGCCACUACCGUCCAUUCAGCCUACAAAUCCGAUUUUCGUCAUUUUCACCUCUGGUAGUAGUGGAAAGCCCAAGGGCAUCAUAGUGCAACACAAUAGUGUAUGUACUGUGGCUAUCCAGCAUGGUGAGGGCCUUGGUUUCACUGGCUCCGAUCAACGUGUGCUGCAGUUUGCCUCGUUCAGUUUUGAUGUCAGCAUGGGAGAGGUCUUUAUCACGCUCAUGAAAGGCAGCACACUCUGCAUUCCAACAGAGCACGACCGCAUUAACGAUCUGGCGGCCACCAUCAACCGCAUGCGAAUCACCUGGACAUUCAUGGCGCCCACGGUGGCGGCCUUGCUCGAUCCCCACGACGUGCCCGACCUGCAAACGCUCGUUCUAGGAGGAGAAGCAGUCUCGCAGAGCUUGGUAGAUCAAUGGGUGAGCCAGGUUAAUUUGAUCGACUCGUAUGGGCCAGCAGAAUGCACUAUCUGGGCCUCGCAUGCCAACCCGAGCGCCACCGUGUCGCCAGCAAACAUCGGCCGUGGAGUUGGUUGUCGGUACUGGGUGGUGGAUACCCAGGACCAUAACCGAUUGGCUCCCAUUGGUUGUGUGGGAGAGCUGCUCAUUGAAGGUCCCAAUGUCUCGCGUGGCUAUCUCAAUGAGCCAGAUAAGACAACGGCCGCGUUCAUUGAGAAUCCGGCCUGGCUCCACGGUAAGGAAGAACCACAAUACAAGUUCUACUGCACCGGCGACUUGGUGCGAUACAACGCGGAUGGCACACUCAACAUCGCUGGACGGAAAGACAGUCAGGUCAAACACCAUGGCCAGCGCAUUGAACUGGGCGAGAUUGAGUUCCACCUGCGCUCCCGUUCUCAGGUUGAAGCCGGCAUGGUCAUGUUGCCCAAAACUGGUCCCUGUCAGGGCAGGCUAGUGGCUGUGAUCGCGCUGACAGAUUUGCAACCGGUUGCGGUUGAGGGAGAUCGCGUUGCGCUUAUUCCUGACGCUCUCCAGUCCCAAGCACAGCCGCAGAUCGAACAGGUGCAGGAAGAGCUAGGCGCAGCGCUGCCACCCUACAUGGUCCCAACUAUCUGGCUUGUCCUGGACUCUAUUCCAUUGACAGCAUCUCGCAAGGUCAACCGGAUGCCAAUCUCGCGCUGGGUGGCCAACAUGUCCGAUGGGACCUACCGCACUGUAGUGAACAUUACAGCGCCAACUGUGCAUCUACCAACUACGGAGCUGGAGAAGCAGAUGGCGAAGGUUUGGAGCCAUGUUCUCAACUUGCCCGUCGAAUCCAUAGGUAUGAAUCGUUCCUUCCUUAGUCUGGGCGGAGACUCGAUCACGGCCAUGCAGGUCGUCUCACGCUGCCGCGCAAACGAUAUCGAGCUUAGCGUUCAGGAUAUUUUACAAGCGAAGUCUCUCUCCGCCGUUGCCGCCCGCGCCAUCACCGCCACGCACUGUGCUGUGCGUCGCGAGGAGCAGUAUGAUGUGUCCUUUGAACUGUCUCCAAUCCAACAGCUGUACUUCGAAGAGGUGGCGCGAGGUGAGGGAGAGCAGAAUCACCACUACAACCAAAGUGUGUUAAUGCGUGCGACACGUUCUAUUUCGCACUCAGAUCUCUCUCGGGCUAUUACGCAGCUGGUGGCCAGCCAUGCGAUGCUGCGAGCCCGAUUCAGCCAGCAGGCUGAUGGUCAAUGGGUUCAGCUGGUGCAGAGCCCAGCCCACGAUUCAGCUCCGGUGGUCAGCCACCAAGUGGCCAACCGUGCGGCGAUGAUGGAGAUUAUUAUGACUUCUCAGCGCCGUAUCGAUAUCGAGCAUGGUCCCAUCUUCGUGGUCGACAAUUUCAUGCUGCCAGACCAGCAUGGACAAUUAAUAUCCUUCAUCGCACACCACCUGAUCGUCGAUGUAGUAUCAUGGCACAUCAUUCUAGGCCAAUUGGAGUUGCUGCUACUCUCCCCCGGCUCUCAGAGCCCAUCCAGAAUGCCGUAUCAAAACUGGGUCCAGGAACAGCGUCAGUAUUCUGAACGCCUGACGACCUCAUCCGACCUGCCAAUUGCCCUCCCCUCGGCGAAUUUGGAAUACUGGGGCUUGAAGCGGCUGCCGACGUGGGAGGGUGGUGAGGAGCUGCAGUUCACACUCGAUGCAGCAACUACUGCUCUCCUGUUGACCACUGCCAACACGGCGCUCCGCACUGAGCCGAUCGACUUGCUUAUUGCUACCCUGCAGCAAUCUUUCGUUGAGUCGUUCCCCGACCGCACAAUGCCCGCUAUAUUCAGCGAAAGCCACGGUCGAGAACCGUGGGAGCCUUCAAUUGAUCUCUCCGAAACAGUCGGGUGGUUCACUACUUUCUACCCCAUCUAUCGUCGCGUGCGCCAGCAUGAGAGCAUCAAGCAUACAGUCAAGCGCACUAAGGAUGCGCGUCGCGCUUUCAAGGACAAUGGCUUUGCAUACAACACUCGCCGCCAUUUCAAUGCUGACAGCCGCGAGAAAUUCGCACAUCAUCGCAUUAUGGAGAUAUGCUUUAAUUACCUGGGUCAGUCACAGCAUACCGAGCGCGAGGAGGCUCUAUUACAGGAAGAGCCGCUCCUAGCAGGUGAUUCCAUCAAGAAUAUCGGGGACACGAUGGGCCGGCUGGCUGUCUUCGAUAUCGGUGCUGCCGUCUCCCGCGGACGUCUCACCGUCUCGUUUUUCUUCAACAGCAUCAUCCACCAUCAGGAUCGAAUCCGACAAUGGGUGCAGAGCUACAAGACGAUUCUUUCCUCUGCGUUGACCGAGCUCGCGGCUAGUGAUGUCGAAUACUCCAUCAGCGAUUUCCCACUCCUCCAAAUCAAUUACCAAGACCUGACGACGCUGACCACGACGACUCUUCCCGCCAUUGGCCUCCCACAGUCUGCGAUCGAAGACAUAUAUCCUUGUUCGCCAAUUCAGCAAGGCAUUCUCAUCAGUCAGGCUCGCGAACCUGGAACUUACGAGGUGCGCCAGCUCUUUGAGAUUGUUCCGCGUGCUGAUAUUAGCCCCGUGGAUGUGCCACGCCUGCUGCAGGCCUGGCAACGCACUGUGGAUCGUCAUUCCCUGCUUCGCACCGUCUUCGUCGAGUCGCUGAGCGGUGCUGGGGGCUAUGACCAACUGGUACUUCGUUCCCACACACCGCAGGUUCAGCGACUUGUCUAUCAAGGCACUGAUGGCGAUGUGGUCUCAUUCAUUCGGCGACAGGCCGCCCCAGACUACCACCAGCCAGUCCCCGCACAUCGACUGACCAUCUGUGAAGCCUCUGGGGUAGUUUACUGCCAACUGGAGGUAAGCCACGCGCUUAUCGAUGGUACCUCCAUGGCACUGCUCGUCCGUGAUUUCAUUUCGGCUUACGAGUACACCCUUCCUACCACUCCCGGUCCGCUCUAUAGCGACUACAUGGCCUACAUUGCCUCGCGGUCACCAGAAGAUGCCCUGGCGUACUGGACCGCACGACUGGCUGAUUUGGAGCCCUGCCACUUCCCCGACUUGCAGCCCACUGAGUUGCCCGCAGCGGCUUUCCAGUCGCAGACUAUUCACAUCGACGCAGAUGGCCAACUCCAAAGAUUCUGUGAGUCCCAGGACCUCACACUCAGCAAUUUGUUCCAGGCGGCUUGGGGCCUCGUUCUGCGUGCAUACACAGGCAGGUCAGAUGUCUGCUUCGGAUACAUGGCCUCUGGUCGCGACAUUCCAAUGGAGGGCAUCUAUGACGCCAUCGGGCCAUUUAUCAACCUCCUGGUGUGCCGACUGCAUGUCGGCGAUGCAGUGUCAGUGCGCGACCUGCUUCAGGCAGUCCGGUCCGAUUACAUGGACAGUCUGCCCCAUCAGCAGACCUCUCUGGCCUCGAUCCAGCACGCCUUGGGUAAAAGUGAGGCAGCUUUGUUCAACACCAUUCUCUCACUCCAGCGCGAGCCGGUGGAUGGUCCAACGCCACAAGUAGAGUUCCAGAUUGUCGAUCAAGUUGAUCCAACAGAGUAUGAUGUCGAUCUCAACAUUACCACUGGCUUGGCCUUGGGCGUGGAGAUUCAUCUCAGCUACCGCACAUCCAUGCUUAAUGGAACUCAGGCCGACAGCCUGCUGCAGAACUUCACCAACGUGCUGCUCGCCAUCACCACUAGCUCGGACCAGCUUCUAUCGAACUUGAAUAUGGCCUACCCAGGAAUAAGCACUUUGCCAGAGAUGUCCCCCGAGCCUACACCAACGGCAGUAGAAGCUACAGUGUUAGAGCUCAUCGCCAAACACACAGAGCAGCAUCCCAUGUCUGUCGCGAUGCAAUCCACAGAUGGCCAGGUCAAACUCACGUAUCACGAACUCGAUCGUAUGACAAGUGCUCUGGCCAGUGACUUGCAGAGUCUGGCCGUGCAACCGGGAGACACAGUUCUUCUCAGCUUCUCGCGCUCGCCCUGGGCUCUAGUGGCUAUGCUGGCCGUCCUCAAGGCGGGCGCGACCUCGCUCUUCCUGGACCCGCUGGCCAGCUCCGACAGUCGACAGGAGACAUUUUCGGCUGUGCAAGCCAGUGUAGUCUUAUGUGGCAGGGAACAUGCUACCGAUUUCGAUGAGCCAUCUCUCACUCCGGUAAUUAUCGAUGCGGGUGCGAUGGCCGUUUGGGACGAUGCGUCCCCGAUCUUCGCGCCGCCGAACUGCUUAUCUCCUGAUACAGUAGCGGUAGCCAUUCAGGACGGCGCAGACUGGGCACUUCUGACGCAUCGCACGGUCAGUACUGUCGCCUCACUGCUGGGACCAGUGGCUGGGCUCGGCGCCGAUGCCCGGGUGUUGCAGUUCAGCGCUGCCACCUCGCCUUUAUACAUAGUGGAGACGCUGUAUUCCUUGAUCAACGGCAGUACAGUCAUCGUUCCCGCUGAGGGUGCCAGCUUUUCUGAGGCCAUGUGCAACUCCCAGGCCAAUUGGGCCAUUACAACUCCCACUGAGGCCGCCCUAACCUAUCCGGCUCAAGUGCCAUCUCUGCAGACUCUGCUGGUGGCUGAGGGAGAGAUUUCUCUUGCUUUGCUCGCAAAAUGGUGCGACAUCAGGUUAAUUCAUCCACACGAAUUGAUUCAAUCGCCGAUUUGGCUAUCGCUCUCUGGUUCUCCAGCUGGCAGUGUUGCUCUGCAGCUCCUUCCUGCGUCGAAUCUCGGGCGGAUGUGGAUCCGCUGCCCAUUCAAUCAUGCAGCGCUGGCGCCGGCGGAUUGUGUUGGAGAGGUUCUGGUGGACGGUCCAGUGGUGCCCCGGGGCUAUCUCCGGGGCCGCAAAGAUCGACUUCUGGAUGCCCCGUGGCUGCCUGGCACUCCCUUAUGCCGUACAGGUGACCUCGGCCGAUGGACAUCAGAACACCAGCUGUCCUUGGUGCAGCAUCUCGGGGUCACCAGCGAAAUUUCGUCGGGUCUAGCCCUCCUCGAACAGCAGGUGCAAUCAACUCUCCCAAUUACACAGCACGCAGUACUUUCCAUCCUCCGGCGUGGAUCCAUUGAAGAAGUAGCUAUGUUCCAUGUCGAGUGUAACCAAAAAGUUCAGGCGAACCCUGCCCUGCUGGUGAUGUCAGACGUGCAGCGGCAACAGUUCAUGUCAUUGAUAUCAUCGCUCAAGGAACAUGCGCCUGAGGCUGUGUCGCCCGCUUUUGUCUUCCCACUUAAUGGCCUUGCUCUGACGGCGGAUCACAAGGUCCACCGCGCGGCCUUGGAUCGGUUGGUAGCUGGCCUCUCGCAGCCGGAGCUGGAGUCCUACCGUCUUGUUUCCGCAAAGACGACCGCCCACUUCACGGCCAACGAGCUGCUCCUCCGCGAUCUCUGGGCAGAGGUCUUGGGUCUGCCAGAUCGUAGUGCUCUUCGUCCUACUGACACUUUCUUCCGGUUGGGAGGAGAUUCUAUUGGAGCCAUGCGUAUCAUCGCCGCUGCCAGAAGUCAAGGCCUGGCACUGACAAUGAAUGGAAUCUUCCAGCAGCCCACUCUGGCCGGUAUGGCUCAAGAAUUGCGCCUUCUGGCUCCGCAUGAGGAUCGACCGUUGAAGCCGUUCUCUCUGCUCCCUACAGCACUGGAUUCUGCGCUUCUCAUCUCCGAGGCCGCGCAGAAGUGCCAGGUCGAGCCCACGGCAAUCGAGGAUAUAUACCCCUGUACGCCGCUCCAGGAGGGACUUAUGGUUUUGACCAGCCAAGAUCCCACGGCCUACGUGAUCCAGGAGGUUUUCCAAUUGCCAAAGAAUGUCGACAUGUCGCGUUUCCAGGCAUCCUGGGCAGCAGUCGUCGCCCGCAGCACCAUUCUGCGCACCCGGAUCAUUGCCACUGCUGACGGUGCCUUCCAGAUAUUGCUGCAGAAUCCCAUUGUGUGGGGAAAGGAAACUGAUCUGACAACAUUCCUGGCCCAAGACGCGGCCGAGUCCAUGACCUACGGCCGGCCCCUGGCGCGCUUCACGGUCUUGGAGGGUUCAGGCCUCCGAUACUUUGUCUGGACUGCGCACCACGCAGUCUACGACGGUCUGACCAUGUCCAUCUUGGCAAAGCAGGUCUCUGCGGAAUAUAACAAAGAGAUUGCGUUGCCUGAGGUCCCCUACAAUCGGUUCAUUGACUAUAUACAAAGCAUCAGUCCGGCCUCGGCCACUGAAUUCUGGACAGCGCAGUGUGCAACCCCCGCUGCAACCUUCCCACUCCUGCCCACACGCAGUUACCUGGUGUCUCCAAAUCAGGUCCAGACGCACUCGGUUCCUGUGACCCGCAACCCGUCUGACAUCACGCUCCCGACUGUGCUGCGUGCAGCCUGGGCGGUUGUGCUGUCGCAUCUGACAGACUCGGAGCAUGUGAGCUUCGGAGCGACACUGUCUGGUCGAAAUGCCGCUUUGGCCGGAAUCAACCAGGUGCUGGGUCCGACAAUUGCCACAGUCCCCAUCCACGUCCAUGUUCGCGAGGGCCAGUCGCCGGCUCAUUUCCUCCGGGCCGUGCAUAUGCAGUCCAUCGACAUGAUUCCCUUUGAGCAUACUGGGCUGCAGAACAUCCGACGCAUGGGUGAGCAGGCUCGUGAGGCCGUCGAAUUCCAGAAUUUGCUCCUCAUCCAGCCUGGAAGCGCGCCGAUGGAUGAGUCCGACUUCUUGGGUCUGACACCUGUCACAUUGGAGAGCCAACAGGCCGACCCGUACCCCCUGACAGUGGAAUGUAACCUGAUGGAAAGCUGCGUGGAGAUCAAGGCACAGUUCGAUAGUUGCCUCAUCUCAGUCAGCGAGAUGGACAUGAUACUCAAGCAAUAUGCGCGCACCAUUCAGCGAUUCCAAGCUGUGCAGGACACCACCACCGAGGACACCGUGGAUGAUUCUAUGGACCCGUUUGAGGAGCAGGUACGUCUGCAACCUGAUGCGCCAGCCGUCUCCUCGUUCGAUGUCAAGCUCACCUAUCGCGAACUGAAUGUUCUGGUGGAUCGGCUGGCAAAUGAGUUGCUCGCACGCGGCGUUGAGCCGGAGAUGAACAUCCCUCUUUGCUUCAACAAAUGCUCAUGGACCAUUGUCGCCAUGUUUGCCGUCAUGAAGGUCGGAGGAGUGGGCUGCAUGCUCAACCCGGAGCAUCCCAGCAGUCGUAUCCAGCUGCUACUAAACGACCUAAAUGCCAGUUUGGUCCUUUGUGAUCCAGAAUCCUCAACCAUGCUUUCGACACUGCUUCCUCCCAAGGGCGUGCUCCCAGUUGACGGUGCAUACCUACAGAUGCUACCCCCAUCGGCGCCUCCAGGACUCCGCGUCCGGCCAGACAACGCUGUUUUCGUGGUCUAUACCUCAGGUAGUACUGGUAAGCCAAAGGGUAGCAUCCUGGAACACCGCUCCCUUGUCACCGGCUUACGGGCUCACUGUGCUGCCAUGGGCAUCGGCCCGGGCACACGCACCUUCCAGUUUGCCGCCUACACCUUCGAUGUCUGCUUCGAGGAAAUUAUCGGCUCCCUGAUGCUGGGAGCCUGUGUCUGUGUGCCCAGUGAGACAGAGCGUAUGAAUGCUCUGGCCGAUGCGAUGGCCCGAUACCAGGUAACCUGGACAGAACUUACUCCCACCGUUGCCAACCUGCUGCUCCCUAGCAGCAUUCCAUCGCUAAAGACGCUGGCUCUGAGCGGCGAAUCUCUCACGAAGGAGGUCAUCCAGCGCUGGGCUGGUGCGGUACAAAUCAUCAACACUUACGGGCCGAGUGAAUGCUGUGUCUCAUCCACUUGCAACGUGAACACUGCCACGCUCCGUGACCCCAGUAACAUUGGGCGCGGCCUGGGCUGCACCACCUGGAUCGUCGAUCCGGAAAACGUGGAUCGCCUGCCGGCCAAAACGGCAGCCGCUUUCAUCUCCGCACCAGCCUGGUGGCCCGAAUCCUACCAGUGUGGACGCAUCUACCGCACUGGCGACCUGGUCAAAUACAACCCCGAUGGUACCAUCAAGUUUAUCGGCCGCAAAGAUACGCAGGUCAAAUUACAUGGUCAGCGUAUCGAGCUAGGCGAAAUCGAGCAUCGCAUCCGCGGCGCAUUCACGAACGAUUCCCAACAGGUGGCCGUUGAGGUUCUAAGUCCCACCACGCGGAGCGGGCUCAAGAUCCUGACCGCAUUCAUUUGUGAAACCGAUGCCGUCUCAGAAGAUGUUGAGAAUCUCUUGCUACCGCUGGAGGAUGGACGACCGGAACGCUUCCUUGCGUUGCAAGCCCGGCUGUUGGUGGACCUGCCUCGCCAUAUGGUGCCACAACUUUUCAUUCCCGUCUCACACAUGCCACUGUCACCGUCGCGCAAGUUAGAACGCAAGAGCCUGCGCAUGGUCGGUAACGGGCUCACGCCCGAGCUGCUGGGCGCAUAUGCCCUCACGCAGGUGGCAAAGACGGCGCCCACCACAACCAUGGAGAAGGCGUUGGCGGGCAUUUGGGCCCAUGUGUUGGGCGUCAGUGCUACUGGUGUGGAGGACCACUUCUUCCACCUAGGUGGAGACUCCAUUGCUGCCAUGAAGGCCGUGGCCGCGGCCACCAAGGCAGGCCUGCCCCUCAGUGUUGCCGAUAUUAUGGACUUCCCGACGCUAGGCGCUAUGGCCGCAGCGAUGGAUUCCGCUUCUGAUAUGCAGGCGCUAGAAAACACGGCGCCAGUGCCCUUCAGCCUCGUGUCCGCCGAUUACGUCUCCGACGUGAUGGCUCAGGCGAUGGCUCAAUGUGCGGUCCUGGACGAUGCAAUUGAGGACAUCUAUCCAUGCACUCCAUCUCAGGAGGCGUUGAUGGCACUUACGGCGCGUGACGAAACCGCAUACGUCUCGCGUGCUGUCUACCGGUUACCUCUCAAUCUGGAUGUCGACAAAUACCAACAGGCAUGGGAGCUUCUCGCCCGCCGUCAGACUAUCAUGCGUACGCGCAUCAUCUACUCCAGUAUUGCCACCCAAUCCUUCCAGGUAGUAAUGCAUGAAGGCAUAGCGUGGCAGUCGGGCGACUCGGUGGAGGCAUAUCUCGCCGCCGAUAAAAUGACUCCCAUGCACCACGGCCAGGCACUAAUGCGCUUUGCCCUCCUUCCCGGCACCACCCAGGAUCCACGACCCUCUCUUGUGCACACAGCUCAUCAUGCCGUCUAUGAUGGCUGGAGUGAAGCCGCCAUGUUUGACGAAGCCGAGGCCAUUUAUCGCCAUGGCCUAGCAGCCUUGCCGCCCGUUGUUCCUUACAACAAGUUUAUUCACUACCUCAGCAGCGUUGAUGCUGCCGCGCGCGAUAGCUUCUGGCGUACGCAGCUGGAUGGUGAUCUGCCCGCUCCAUUCCCCCCUCCUCCCCUUGCUGCAACGGCGUCAUCCCUAAUUCCUCGUCCCAAUCGCUCGCAGUCUUACCCAAUUUCCCUUCCACUUCGCUCUUCUACCUCUUCCUUCCCAUUCAGCGCCCCUACCAUUCUCAAAGCCGCAUGGGCCCUCCUGCUGGAGCGCUACACGCUCUCUGAAGAUGUCAUUUUCGGCCAUGUGCUGUCGGGCCGCACGGUGCCUCUCCGGGGCGUGGCCGACAUGAUGGGCCCGACCAUCGCAACUGUCCCAGUGCGCGUUCGACUUAUUAAAGAGGAUAACAUCGACUCCUUCCUGCGUCGCAUUCACGAUCAGGCCCAGGCCAUGACACCCUUCGAGCAAGUCGGGCUUCAGCAUAUCCGUCGGCUGCUGCCUGCCUCAGAGUCGAUCGACGUCGGUCAUCUCUUCUUUGUGCAGCCUCCCCUCGACGCUCCCGCUGCGGACCUCGGCCUUGAGGCUAUCACAGAUGCUGACUUAAACUUUGACACUUAUCCAUUGAUCGUGGAAUGCCAGCUGGGCACGAACGCCGAUCUGAAUGUCGAAGUGAAAUAUGACGACGCCCGCAUUGCCCAAGCCCAGAUGAGCUGGCUUCUGAAGCACUUCGAGCAUCUGCUUCAACAGCUAUGUCAACUGCCAUGCAAAACUCUUCUUUCUGAUCUGACCCUGACAGGGCCGGCUGAUUUGGCCCAGCUGCGCCGGUGGAUGGGACCCCCCGUGGAACCGGUUGCCUCCACUCUGCAUGAUAAGAUAUGUGCCCAAACCCGCGCCUAUCCGAAUCGGUCUGCCGUUGAGGCUUGGGAUGGUCAUCUCACUUACGGUGAGCUCGACCACCUCUCAUCGCAGUUCGCUCAAGUCCUCGUCGAUCUCAAUCUGCCCCUUGGCGAUCCAGUUGGCUUGGUUUUCGACAAGUCCUGCUGGGCUGUUGUGGCACUCCUCGCCGUGCUCAAGGCUGGCGGAAUUUGCGUUCAUCUAGAUCACCAGCAUCCGCCUGCGCGACUCACAGAAAUUUCCAUCGACACAGGAUUGCAGUACAUUCUUACCGCACCCCGUCAUGCGCACAUAGGGGCGAUGCUGCCAGUGGACCAUGUGCUAGUCGUGGAUUCCACCAUGGCGUCCAAGCUGCCUAGCAGUCCCACAAGUGUCCGACCGCUACCGGUCGUUGACGCCACAUCGCCAGCCUACCUGACUUUCACCUCAGGCAGUACUGGUAAACCCAAAUCGGUGGUGAUUGACCACUGCGCUAUCCAUACCAGCAUCGUCGCCUUCAGCUCAGCGCUAAACCUCACCCCCGACUCGCGGGUGCUGCAGUAUGCCGCAUACACCUUCGACAUCAGUUAUGCCGAGAUUUUCGCGCCGUUGGUUCUUGGUGCGACGGUUUGUAUAAUCUCAGAGCAGGACCGACUCAACGACAUAGCAGGUGCCGUUAGUCGCCUCGGUGCCAAUUGGGCCUGUCUCACACCUACUGUCGCCAAUCUUGUCCAGCCUUCAAUGGUACCAUCGCUGAAGACGCUCGUUCUCAGCGGUGAGUGUCCCACAGAGGACAAUCUUCGCACCUGGGUUAGCCACGUGCCCACCCUGAUAAAUGCCUAUGGCCCCAGCGAAGCCUCAGUCUGGUGUGCCGCCGGUCCCUUCAAGCGGCCGGAUGAUCGCUGUACCAACAUCGGUCUGCCUGUCGGUUGUCGCCUGUGGAUCGCUGAGCCUGAUAAUCUGCAUCGCUUAGCGCCGCUGGGCUGCGUGGGCGAGCUGCUUAUCGAGGGUCCCAUUCUGUCCCGAGGAUACUUAAAAAACGAGCAGGCCAGUAACGCCGCUUUCCGUUGCGAUCUUGCAUGGAUGACUGAGACGCAGCUUGGGUCUGAAUGCUCGCUUGUCUACCGUACUGGCGAUCUCGCGCGCUACUUCCCUGACGGUAGCAUUGAAUAUCUCGGCCGCGCAGAUACCCAGGUCAAGGUCUACGGUCGUCGCAUCGAGCCGCGCGAGAUCGAACACCACAUGCGUACUCUGCUGCCUGGCUACUCCACCAUGGUGGACAGCGUGACCCUCGCCAGUCGCAAUGGCCAGAAGGUAUUGGUGGCUUAUAUUUACCAGGAGUCUGGCCCCGUGCCUGACAUGGAGCUCGUAGCGAUUGCGCGGGCCCUUACGCCAGAGCUUCGACAAACACUGGUUAACCUUCAAGCGGCGCUGCGUGCGAUGCUUCCGCCCUACAUGCUGCCGGCACUUUUCAUCCCUCUGCAACUUCUUCCGACAAAUGCAUCUGGUAAAACAGACCGCAAGCUGCUGGGCCGCGCCGUAAACACUUUGUCGGACGCCCAGCUGCAAGCCUACUCCCUCCAGGAUCGUGUAAUCAAGCGCCCGCUCGAGACUCUAAUGGAGCGCUGGUUGGCCAGUCUCUGGGCCGAAGCUCUCGCUCUCGACGCCUCCAUUAUUGGCGCCGAUGACACCUUCUUUGGCCUCGGUGGAGAUUCCAUUGUUGCCAUGAAAUUGGCCAGUCUCGCUCGCAAUUCGCAACUCAGUUUGACUGUCGCCGAUCUCUUCACUCACCCAAUUCUGGCGGAUCUAGCCGCCUAUCUAAGUACCCAAAUGCCACCCACCCCGGGGACUGAGACGCCACCACUGGUGCCCAAGUUGACAACUGCGACAGCUCCCGUGCUGGAUCUCGCUCUGGCUGAGGUUUUGGCACCGCGGAUAGGUGUUGUUCCUAGCGCGAUUGCUGCUAUUCAGCAUACAACGGACUUCCAGGAUGUCGCACUGGUCGGCCAUCUGAGCGAGUCGCGCUGGAUGUUGAACUGGUUUUACUUCGAUGGUCCCGGUGCUCCUGACAUCGAACGCCUCCGUCAGGCCUGUUACUUCUUGGUUCAGCACUUUGACAUUCUCCGCACGGUCUUCGCACCUCACGCAGGCCACUUCUGGCAGGUGGUUCUGCACAAGUUGCAGCCCUGCUUCGACGUUGAGUCUACCGCCGACCUCGCCGCCUUCACUCAAGACUUGUACGAUAAGGGCAUCGCCAACGAUUUCCAGCUGUCCGAGCCCUAUGUACGGUUUGUACUGGCCGUGCAUCCAAACGGUCAGUCACACCGUCUGCUGAUACGCCUGUCACACGCGCAAUAUGACGGUGUGUCUUUGCCAACCCUCUGGGAGUCCCUUCAGCGUGCCUACCAAGGCCAGAGUCAGCUUUCUACUCCCUCCUUUGCGCGAUUCCUCCAAGACACUACUCCAGCAGAUCUUACUGCUGCACGCUCACACUGGCGCAAACUUUUAGCCGGUUCACCAGAGACCCGCUUCGUCGUGCACAACAAGCCCAGCCUACGCGACGACGCCACGGAACGCGUGUUGCAUGUUACCCGCCACCACGUUCCAGUGAUUUCGCUACCCCAGUAUGGCAUCACGACAGCCACGGUCCUCAAAUCUGCUUGGGCGGUGCUGCUAGCACGCCUGACUGACUCUACCGAUGUCGUCUUCGGACACACAACUGCCAAUCGCUCUGCCGCGACAUUGGCGAGCAUUGACACUGUCGUGGGUCCUUGUUUGAAUGUAGUGCCAGUUCGCGCACGCUUGGAUGCACGUCAAACAGUGCUCGAACUUCUUUUGGCACAGCAGCAGCAACAGGUAGCAAACUUACCCCAUGAGUUCCUUGGCUUCCGUCAAAUAAUACGUGACUGCACGGACUGGCAGCGCUGGUCUCACUUCAGCAGUGUGGUGCAGCAUCAAAAUAUCGAGCCCGACCGUGCGUUGCAGCUAGACCAGGACAAUGCCACCGCCCUCUAUGAGCCUGGUUUCAUGGGCGCUGAUCUCGACCUCACGGAUGUUUCAGUGUUGUCGACUCCCACCGGCGAUGGCUACGUUGACCUAGAUCUGCUCACCUCAUCGGCAGUCAUGACGCCGUUCGCGGCGGAGUUGCUGAUUGAGCAGUUAGGCAGUCUGCUGCGUUUGUGGGCAGCCCUGCCAGUGGAAAAGACGCCCGUUUACGAAAAGGGGGAGUCGCCGGCUCUGCUCCCUCUACACAGUAGAGAAGAGCGCCCAGUUGACGAAUUGCUUGAGAAGUGCCCUCUGCCGACUACGAACUCCAACGUCCGGGCGGCGGUGCAGCAGGCGUGGCGUACCGUCCUUCCCAUUGAUUCUCGGAUUGAUGAUGACAAGGUAGACUUCUUUGAGGCAGGAGGAGAUCUGGUACACAUGGCUCUGCUGCUCUGUGAGUUGCAAGCUCACGGUGUUGGUGGUGCUGUGCGCCUAGAGACACUAGUGCAGCAUUCUUCCCUGGAUUCCAUGGUGCGGGUGCUCCAGUAA